AUGAAUACAAGCUGGAGAGUUCAUAAAGAUAUAUCAAAUGACUUUACCAAAAAGUUUACGGUGAUUUCAUCACAUACUUUUCACGUGAACAUGAUUGAAUGUAAAAUCAAAAGAAAUCAAUAUAUUAAACACCUUAGUAUUGAGGAUGCCUAUUGUUUACACUAUUUUAAGAAUGUUUCAUUUGAUUUUGAAACGGCAGUACCUGCAUUAUUGAAAGAAAUUGUUAAUUAUUUUGAAAAAAUUGAUUACAUUAGUUUUGGAACAUCAAAUAACCAACUCCAACUAAAUGAUACAAAAAAAACCUACAUUACUUUAGAAGGGAUAACUUUUGUAAUUAACAAGUAUUUAGAAGGAUUUUACGAAAGAGUUUUAUUUUUAGACAAAAUAAAUCUCAAGUCAUACAAUUUUUUGUAUAAUAACCUCAAAAGUUUAAAAUUCCAUUUUCGUCCUUCCCAUCAAAUGAUAAAAAAGUACAACGAUGAUUAUGAUUUAUGUGAUAGUAUCAAUCUUUUCAACAAAAUCAAUCUUUUCAAAAGACUUGAAGAGUUAAACCUUACUUUUCCAUGUCUAGUUGAUUUAACAGAUCCACUAUUACUUGAAAAAUUGAAUAGGAUAAAUUGCAAAUUGAAAAAAUUAGAUUUGUUAUUUUGGGGUAAACUCAGAUUUGAAUACGAUUUUUAUGAUUCCCGUGGUAGACGCAUCAAACUAGAACCUAAAAAGUGGUUAUUUACUUUGAAAGAAUAUUUCGAUACGGAGGAGGUUACAUCGUUAACAUUAAUUCACUAUAAUAAUGAAUUUUUUAAAGAUCUUUACCAAUACGAGGAAUUUGAAUUCAUAGAAAUAUUGACCAAUGCAAACCUACCAAAAUUGAGGAAUUUAUUUUUAUCUUCUCAUCUAUUAGAUUUGAAAUCAAUUGAUGUGUCAAGAUUACACAAAUUAAUAGUAUGCACUGGUAUUGCCAACGAUAAAUAUGCCAUAGACAUUGCCAAACUUUAUUUCAUAAAUCCAAGUUUAAGAAUAUCUUGGUGGCCUCGAUUUAUGGAAUUAAGUUCACUAGAAGAGUUCUUCAAGUCUGAUAAUUUAUCUUUAUAUUCACCUGACUAUUACCAGGUAAUCUCUUGUCAAUGGCCAUCAUACUUUUUCACAAGCGCCACAUUUGCAAUUGAAAGCAAAGCAUUAGCUACCACCAGACUAGGUUUGUUGGCUCUGAAUGAAAAGAAAAAGUUAAACAUAGCUUUGAAAUCUGAGUAUUCAAUUAAGGAAAUUCGUGACAUGGGAUUUUUAGUUAAGACCAUGAUUUGCAAAGAAGUUCUGGAGAUCAUAAAAAAACAUGAAACAAUUUAA